AACAGGACUUUCCUCUCCAGUUUUCCCAGCUAAGGAGGAAGUCAGUCUGUGGCGGAUCACCUAUCUGCUGUCAGACAGAACCCCACGGAGGAGAUCUGAAAGUCCUGCGGGUUUUUUUUAUUUUAUUUUUUCCCUCACGUCGUGGACUCUCCAAGCUUUCUGCUGCCGCCUCAGUUGCUUUUCCUCCGGUUCUGAGCUUCCUCGCUCCAACAGUUUUGGAUCAACAUGUCUUACACGAUUCAGAGGGUCCAUACGUCCAAAACGUUGACAGCCGAGCCGACGGUGAUCACGCAGGGGUUCUCCGCCAGGUCGGUGUCGCCGGUGUCUCCGAACGCACAGAUGUCUCAGAUCACACAGGUGUCUCCGGUCUCCCCUAACAUGACCGCGCUGCCGGUCUCGACUUUGAACGGCAACUACGAGUCGGUGAGGUACCUGGUUCCGGUGCAGCAGCAGGCCAUGCCCCAGCAGUCCUACUACGUGAUGCAGCAGCCCAUGAUGCAGCAGACCAUGAUCCAGCAGCCUAUGAUCCAGCAGCCUAUGAUCCAGCGGUCCAUGAUCCAGCAGCCCAUGGUGUACUAUACUCUGCCCCGCAUGAGCACCAGCAGUAACCAGGAGACUGAGAUACUGGUGCAGCAGCAGGAGCAGCAGCUGCACCAGCAGCACCAGCAGCAACAACGGCAUCACAGUGUGGAGGACAGUCAAAGCAACCAUUCAGUGUUCAGCCAUUCAUCCAGUCCCACCAAGAGCGAGGCAAGCGUGUAUGAGGAACAGAGGCAGGAGGAAGAGGAGGAGGAGGAGGAGGAGGAGGAGGAGGAGGAGGAGGAGCAGCCUGGUCUUGGAACAGUGGAGAUUGAAGAAGUGGAGAUUGUCAACGUCUUUCAGCAGAAGCCCCGAACGGUGAGGCAGAGAAUCUCCGUGUCGGAGCAGAGGGAGGUUCCGGAGCCAACAAAGCUGGACACGCGGUUCUUUGGCGAACUGCUGGCGGAUGUCUACAGGAAGAACUGCGAUAUCCACUCCUACAUCUUUGAAAACGUCUCCAAGAUCCGGGGACAGAAACACUUCUCCAGCGACUUAAAGGGAGAAAUACCGGAUGUGGAGUCUCUGAUUCCCAAAGGAGCCACAGAACUGACCAAACAACAGAUGCGCUACCUGCUGCAGACGCGUUUCACCGCAGACAUGAGCAUGCGUCUGCUGCUCUCCACCUUCAGCAGCCUGAGAGAGGAGCUGCUGCAGAUGUCGGAGGACAUGCGGCGCCUGGAGAGCGAGAAGGAGUCUCUGGAAAGAGAUCUGAAGUUCAAAGACGAGCAGGCUAAGCAGUAUGACGACCUCUUAGAUGGCCUCCGACAGAACAACAGGCAGCUGCAGAUGUCUCUGAAGGAAGUCACCACCACCCAGCGCUCCCUGGAGAGUCAGCUGUCGAGCACCCGAAGCAACGACUCCGCCGGCACCUUUAAGAUCAAGGAGCUGGAGGGAAGACUGAGAGGGCUGGAGAAGGAAAACGAGAUGCUCAAACAGAAGCUGGCUGGACAGGCCAAUAACGACAGCCUGCACCUCAAGACGGAGGCGCUGGCGCAGCACUACAAGGACCAGAUCAGCGCGGUGACCGCAGAGAGGAACGCAGAGAUCGAGAAGCUGAGGUCCCAGAUCUCGAGGUUGCAGACGCAGAUCACCACGACCACGAGCACUACCACCAAGUCGUCCUCAGACACCAGUCUGCAGCUGAGGAUCUCAGAGCUGCUGUCCAAGCUGGAGCAGCGGGAGAUCGUCAUCAAGCAGAAGGAGGAGGAGAUCAGAAAACUGAUGAUGGAGAGGAACGACAGCUCCAAGAACGUCACCAAGACGGUCAUCACCAAGAGGUACAGGAACCAGUACCCGCUCCUUGGUCUACUUAGCGACGACUACCAUCUCACUUCACCUGUUAAAGAAGACAAAACCAUCGUCAUCGAGAGAACCGGACAGAUGAUCAAACAGGAAACCAUUAUUACACCUUAAAGACACACUGCUUCUCUCCGACAGGAAUGAUUGAACGAGGAGAAGACCCUGACGUCAGCCACCCUUCUCCCCCUUGUGCAUGCUCCUCCCCCUCCCCUCUGGCCUUCCAGGGUUGGUGGUGGUCCAAAUCACUCCUUUUCUCCCCCCUAGACCACUUAGAUUUAGUUAUUGGCUGCAGUCAAAUUCAGGUUGGUUGGGGUUAAAAUCUAGUAAGGCUUUCUACAGCUUCUGUUUUAAAUUGUUUAACGUUUCCCUAUGUGAAAGUUGCAUAAUGCAGCAAUCAUUCCAAAUGUUCCAAUGACCCAGGUAUAUUUAAGAGAAAUAAAGCAUGACAACUGGGAACUGGGUGAGGUUUGGUUUGGAAUCUCUAGUCUAUGACAGUAAUGAUAAUAAAGUCAUGAAUUUUAUUACCAGAUAUAUUCUGUAAGUGACAGAUGAAAUGAUAGACCGACAGGCAACCAAAAUUGUCCCAUUUUUGGCUGAUCAGUGAGUAAAAAAAACAAGUAAAUAUUUUAUUUUGUUGCUAAACAUCUUUGUUGUGUUGGUUUUACUGAGUGAAAAAAGCACAAAGUGUCAAAUCUGCAAGGUGAAGAGUAAGUGCAAGAAACCUGAGAGACCUUUUAAAGCCAAAAAAUAAACUUUGCACAGCUGGUAGAUACAAAUGUCUACUGCUUAGUAGGCUAAUUUUUUUAUUGUGCCAUUUAUAAGUGAUUAGUUUUAAGUUUAAAGGGUUUAAAUUUCUUUCUUUGAAGUGAAUAAUGUGCAGAAAUUAACUAUUUUAGUUAUGACCCCCGUGCCGAGCUUUGGACACUCCUGCUUUAGGUUGUUAAAAGAAGAGUUUCUCUUGACUCAGAAAAAACCCUAAAAGGUUUAAAGAAGAUUAAAAAAACUUUACUUACAGCAUUUCAUACAAAAUCGCUUUAUUUUAUUUAAUAGAAAAAGACAAUCAGACACAACAGAAUCAAAGUUAGACUAAUAUUGGCACCUUUUAAACAUGGUGCGAGAAAAAUUUUUUGCAUUUUUAUUUGUGUCUUCAACCUUUUCAGGUUAGAGACACAAAGUAACUGGAUCCAGAGAUUCUGCUGCUUAAAGUUGUACAAAACACUAAAAAACAGCAGGCAAACCUUUUGAUAUCAGAUGUUUUUAUUGACAAAUUCAGCCAUGUGGUUUGGAGGAGGAGAGAUUUUGAGUGUCAGUGGUGAGUGAAACUGUUUGCUACAGCCGGUAGACUGUUGUUUGGGUAGCGCUGGAGCAACUGUGGUAGACGUAGGUCAGUAAAGUAAGACAAACUAAAGUAUGCAAAACUGAAAUAAGAGCAAAAUCUGUGUUCUGUGUAUAAAACAAAGGCUUUUACAGUCAAUAGGAAUGCAUAUGUGGUUUCAGGUGGUUGGGAGGGAGAGCUCUGUCACUGGUCAAAUAUAAUAAUUCAACCAGAGAUUUAAAUAAAAAAAUAUGUAAAAGUGCACUCGGUCUAUAUCUAGUUCUGCUUAAACUGUCAGGAGCAUAAUGUGUUUAUAAAGAAAAGCUGGACAGUUCAGAAAGAUCUGCGACAAGCUGUUCUCUAUUGAAUUCCUAAAGUUAUUUCUUUAGUGAAAUAUAUAAUGUAUAUAAUAAAAAAAUUAGGAUUUUCCUGGGAAUUCAAUUGAACAAAAGCUAUACAUCUGCAGUUAUGCUAUAUAUAGUUAUUAAAUUGACCAUUCAAUCAGUGGGAUUUGACAAUUUUUAUCAUUCUCAUUAUCUGUUAUGCAAUUGAGCUAAGGGGCAAACCACGACGUUGAACUCAGCUCCCAGUUGUCACAAAUGCAAAUGAACCUUUUAACAAACCCACCACAGCCGUGCUUUGCCCAGGGGACGAGGAAGUGCAUGCUUCACUACGAUUCCUGGCUGCAUGUAAAUAUUCACAUGUAUGUGUACAAUGACGGGCAUGCUCCAUGAACGUUGUGACUGUGGAGCAUCCCAUCUUACAUGUGGUGUUCAUCAUAUAUUUUCCUGUUGGGUGUUUCGCUUUUAUUUUGUUCUGUUUGGUAGUCUUACCUUUUUAACUGUGUUUUUUUGUGUUGAGGUUUGAUACGAGUCAAAGGCGCAUGGCUUGUCAUGCAGCUUUGACGUGUUUGUACAUUACUGUGGGAUCUGGGUGUGAUGUCCAUCAUCCAUGAGCGGGCGCGAGACCCACAUGGAUGGAAACUAAUAAUGUGGGUGAACGGUGGGAUGUGUGGGACUGGGGCAUGAUUUAUUUUUUAUUUUGGGGGGCGGGGAGGGUGAUUAAAAGUGGUGGAAGAAACUAUUCUAAAGCACAACAUUAUAUAAACUGUAAACUAAUAUUUCCUAGUUUUCUAUGAUUAUUAUGAUGAUUUUGUGUUGUAAGCGUGUUUAAGGCUUUGUGUCCACUAGGUGGCAGUCUCCUUCACCUGCUGAUCUAUCAUACAAAUUGCAGUUAAACACACUGAAACUGAUUCUCCUUAACAAAUGUUUCUUUCUACUUUGUAUAAAUUGUAUUCAUAGUAAAGUGACACAUUAACCUUUACACACAAUCAGUCACAGCAUUGAAAGCUCAUGUGAUGAGGUUGAGUGACCCGGAGCCUGUAGAACAUGGGCUGUGAUCAGCCUCAUCGUUUCUUGCUGUACAAACUUUGUGGUGGUUUAUGGUGUCAAAUCUACUAAACUCAUUGUUAUGGGGGAUAUUACAGAUUUAAGCAAAUAUUUCUAAGUCUAUUUUCACAACUUUUGUUGACUUCUAAGCACAGUUAGUUUUAAAACUUCUUUUUUUAACAUUUGAUUAAAUAAAAUCUGACAUCUUUUAGACUGUAGAAAACAUUUAUUUUAUAACAAUUCUAUACAUCAUUAUGUAUCAUUGUUGAAAAUGAUUUGGUCUUAGCCAAGAAAAAGGUAUGAAUUGAAAAGGGAACACCUCAAAGUCUUUCUUGAGCAAAGAGAAAUAUUUCCACACUAUUUUUAAGUCUGAAUAUGAUUUGAGGAAAUAUCAUUUUAGUUGAGUUUAACUACUCCAAUGUUAAAAUCAAGUAGUCUAAUAAGUCAAACUUUAACUUAAAAUGUCUGAAUCUAAAAUUGCUCCUUUGUAGUUAAUAUGUAAUAUAUUUAGCAGAAAAGAUUGUUGCAUGUUUCUUUAAGUUAAAAGGUUGUCUAAAAUUAAUGUAUAAACAGUUUUACUUAAAAAUGCAAAACUAACUAAGGGCUAGAAAAUAAGUAUUCAAAAUGCAAAUAUCUGAAAAUAAUUAAACUUGAGAAUUAUAUGGAGCUUAUAGGGUUCUCAAAAGCCUAAAGUAAGGAUUUGUAUUGCCAAAUUCAGUUUCAGUGGAUUUUUAAUUAACUUUAACCUGGAAUAACUCAUUUAAGAAAGAUGUUUUAGUCUAAAGACCUACUUUGGAAUCGUACAUCACUGAGCGUAAGAUCUCUUUGACUAGAGCAGCGGCCCGUGUGAUUUGGAGAGACGGAGGUAAAAUUUGGUACAAAUGUAUACCCUAAGACCGUGUGCAAUGCUAAUCUGUAUGCAGUGUGGUAACGCUACAAACUAAGUUUUAAAGUCUGGAACCCAGAUCUCCUGAGCAACAAUAACAAUACGCUUCAGGAAAACAUUUUCAGAUAACAAAAUGUUUUUUUCCCUGGUCUGAAUAAGUGUGGGGGGAAAAAAAGAAUAACUGUUUGGGUUCCCAAGCUACAUUUAGCGUCACAGGCUAACCUGAGCCUUUGAUCAGGGAGCCCGGGGUUCAAAUCCUGAUUUUGUCAGGAAGGGCUUCUGGUAAGUCGGUGUGCAAGAAUGCUUUCUGUGGCGACCCCUGAAUAAGGGAGCAGCCGAAAAGACAUCACACUUUCUAAAAUAUGGUAAUUAUCCAUUGUUUAUACCCACUUAUCCAACAGUCAAGGUACACCCGAAACAGGUAGCCAGUCCAUAAGAUAAGAUAAGAUAGGUUUAUUGAUCUCGCAUUGGAGAAAUUCACAUGUCACAUCGGCUCAGUCUCUAUGCAGCCCAUCACAGGGCAGCAUAGAGACACAUGGUCAAACAAAUAUGCGCACGCACUCACACCUAAGGGCAGUUUGGAGAAACCCAUUAACUUGACAGUCAUGUAUUUUUUUUUUGGACCUGAAGAGAACCAUGCAUGCACAGGAAGAAGAUGCAAACUCAAUGCAGAAAGAUCUCGGGCCAGUAUUUGAACCCAGGACCUUCUUGCUGCAAGUCAACCAUGCUACCUGCUACACUUUUAUGCAGUGCAACAUGGAAAUCAGUAGUUUUUAAAAUAUUUUUUUUUCUGUCUUGCAAAUACAAAACUGGACAAUAAGGUUUUUGUUUGCAUAGUAAAACAGUAACUUAAUAAAGAGCUAACCAAUGGACACAAAGCCAUUAAACAGGUUUGGACCUCAUGGGAAUCUGUGCUAGCCAUGUAAGCAAGCUAAUAUUAGGCUAGCAUUAAUGCUGGGCCUGCUUGGUGGAGAAAUGUCUAAAUAAUCAUUAUCAUUUCACUGGCCUAACAGAAAAGUCUUCACUUCCAUGUUAUGAAAGUAACAAUAAAAAAGACCAAAUAUUGCCACUUAUUUUCCCUGCAUACUGCAUGAUUAGCUAACUGGAUGUAGCUAACAAGCAAAAAGAGUACAUUAAAUAUAUUUUCUUUAUUUUUUUAAGGAGAAAUAAGUCUGCAAGUGAGGCUGAGCUGCUUCUGUUCUCUCCACUGAGAAAUGUAACGGCUGAGAAUAGAUUAUUAAAAAUAAUAUAUCUUUGCAAAA